AUUUCAGUGACAGCCUUUUAAAUGGUCAGCUGGGAUAUAGUAAAUAAACAAGGCUCUUCCUGUCAGGCCUCUUAGAGCUGUGGAUUAUUUUAGUUAAUUGGCUACAUUAAGAGUUCGGGAAGGGCAGGUUUAGUGAGAAUAUAGCACAGGAAGGCACUGUAUAUGCAGGGAGUAGGUAAUAUUUGCAUUUUUUUAACCUUGAUUAUUGAAUUUGCAUGCUGCUAAUAUUACAACCAUCAUUGUGUCACCACUUUGAGAAUAUAUUAAGGUUUUGUGACUGGUAUUGUUCUGUAAGGGAAAGCAAACUCAAACAAGAUGGAUGAAAACAAGGUAAGAGUUCUAGAAUGAACCAUUCAUUUGUAAUGUUGUAAGUCUGAGCUCCAUGUGAGCUUCCAGUAAUGCAAUGUAAACAUUCUGAUUAUUUUGGUGUCUUUCCAUUCACUACUUAGUAUGGUGAAUAAUUAUUCUAAUGACAAAUAACAUAAACGUGGCAGCGGGCACCAUAUAUGAAUGAAGUAAAUUGGUAGUGUUGGUUAAAUCAGUCUUUGCCAGUUUGUGCAUUUCUACUGUAUGUACUAGGUACAUUUUAUAUAUAUUUGCCUUAGUGAGCAAACACACCUCCAAAGAACAAUUGGGAACCAUAGGUAUUACAAGAUUUAGACCAAAAAAAUAGGGACCUAGAAAAGUCACUGAAUUUGACUAUUUAUUUACUUAUUUUACAGAUUGUUCCCUAACCGAACAUAAAUUGCACUCGGAUAGUUUUUUCUUUAUAAGGUUCAAUUCCAUCUUUGGGGAUUGAAGAGGUACCAUUUCUGAGUAAUUUCUUAGUUUAUUGUAAAAUAAUCAAAUAAUCUGGUAAUUUGGCAACCAUAUUGCAAAAUGUAAGGCUACCAUAACCUGGCUGAGAAAAGAAUAUCUUGAAUCCAUCCCAGUAGAGGUUUUUCUAUCAGGGACAGUCUAAGCACCAUAACCAUUACAAUGCAAAGUAGUACAAACGGUUAAAGGAAGACUCCACAGUGCUAAUAAUAAAUAUAAGGCAAUGCUUAGUAGUUAUAUCCCUCCGUGCACGCACAUGUCUGCUUGUGUGUGCACUGUGUUCCUAAAGAAUACUGGUCUGUGAGGCAGUGUACCUUGCACUCAGACUCCAAUUCCCAAACCGGGUGCACUCCCAGGGCUCCAAGUAUCCAACUGGUAAUAUCAAAGGUUGCACUCACGGAUUCAUUAAAAAAUAACUUUUAUUGAACCUUCAUUAAAAAAAAUAGACGUUUCAGUCCUACAUGAGGACUUUCAUCAGGAUUAUGGAAAAAGGUUUGAGGGUGCCGUGUGUGUGUGCCUUUUGCCUGGUUGGGGGGAUCCUUGCUGCCAUCCCUGAUCCCUGGUGGUCCUAGUGUGAGUGAACUCUACACUGCAGGGCUAGAGUUCACUCUCGCGAGAUCUAAAUGUUGCCGCAGCAACGCUCCAAACUUGCGAGAGGAACCCUGCGGAGCUGCUGGCAGGAGCUCCCCAGGUCCUCUCCUGCCUCCCUCCCUGCCUGUGGGUCGAUCAGGGAGAUCUUUGAUCUACCUCACCGGCCCAUGGAGGCCCACAGCGCGGGCCGCGGGGAUUAGGAUGUGCCCAGGCACACGCAGUGCGCAUUUCUAUGACAGUACACCCCAUGUACAGGUUUUAUAGUGUUUUUGAAAGUUGCAGGGUCAAAUUUUUUCACAUUGACAAUUGCCAGGUUAGUUAUGUUGCCCUUGAGAGCGUAUGGUAGCCCAGGAAUGAGAAUUACCCCCAUGAUUGCAUUCCAUUUGCAAAAGAAGACAACCCAAGGUAUUGCAAAUGGGUUAUGUUUAGUAUUUUUUUUAGUAGCCACUUUUAAAUGCUAACCAUGCCAGUGUUUGUGACUAAGUGGCUACUAAAAAAGACAUACCCCAUAUUGAAUACCCUGGAUUGUCUACUAUGUAGUUUUUCAAUUUUUCACCAUAUUUUAUUAUUUUUUAAAGUAAAUUAUAUGACGAUGGUAUGUAAAGAAAGCCCUUCUUGUUCUGAAAAAAACAUAUAUCAUUUGUAUGGUAAAAGAGAGAGAGGAAAAUUACAGCUAAACAAAAACACCACAAAAGUGUUAAAACAGCUCUGGUCCUGAAGGGGUUAAAGGAACACUCCUGUCACCAUAACAACGUAAUCUUAAUCUUACCAGGUUUUUAUGGGUUUUUUUUUUUUAAAGGCCCAGGGGCCACCUGGCACCAUAACUUAAUUUAUAUAUGCCUAAACUGUUCUUUUAACUUACCUGUAAUCCAUUGGUGAGAUAGUCCUUUACCACAGCACCACCUGCUAGAAGAUCAUCGUUACGGACUGGCCAGUCUGAUGUUUCUCAUUGAGACGCAGGGCACCUGCAAUUCGUCUCUGUGGAGAAGCAUAGACUUCAGCCUAGUGCUGAGGCACACCACUGUCAGAACACAGCUGGAUUGCGCUGUCUAUUUUUUGAGGUGUCGAUUUCUCUUGAAAUUAAUACUUUAUAAACUGCCAAGCAGAGACUUCCAGAGGAGUACAAUUAUACUUUACUGACUUUUAUUCUCUAGUUUUAAAUUGUCAUUGGUUUUGUUAUUUCCAAACUUUUAUUUUUAUUUUUUAAAACACAUAAGAAGCAAAAAUAUUAAUUGACCCUGUCAGGAACAGAGUCUUGAUGCACAAAUCCUUGAUACAUGAGCCAUCCUAGCCUUUUUCAAGCAAAGGUUAUGAACAUUGUAGUUGGCUAGCAGCUGGAGAUCUAUGACUUCCCCUGCUUUACCGUAUGUCCACUUGUAUUUCUUAUCCCUUGUAUGUUGUUAAAUUUAGUUUAUGUAUUAUAAGUGCACAUUUGGAGGCUGAUCAUUGCAGAUUUAUUUAUUAGUUUUAAAUAAUCCGAUCUACUCUGAAUUUUUUUUCCCACAAUCUUUGUACAGGUAUCUGGUGGCAAGGUAAAGAAAUCUGGCAAGAGAGGGAGAAAACCAGCAAAAGUAGACUUGAAGGCCAAGCUAGAACGGAGCCGGCAGAGCGCAAGGGAAUGUAGAGCACGGAAGAAACUUCGCUACCAGUAUCUUGAGGAGUUGGUGUCCAGCCGAGAGAGAGCAAUCUGCGCUUUGCGGGAGGAACUGGAGAUGGUAAUAGAAGUUUUGCAUUACACCAUUCCUGCAUGAGGAAGUGAUGACAGAGCUGCAGCAUUUUAGUCAAAACAGUCAAGUCAGCAAAUAGACUCCAAGAAAUGAAACUUGUAAGGUUUUAGAUUAUUUUCUUCCAGAUAACUAUAACUAUAUAGGUUUUUAUGCAUUAACGAGCCCUUCAGAAAAAGGAAAUCCCUUGCAUUUCAAUAUUCCUGUCAAAACUGGACAUUUGGAGCACCAUUAGAUUUACACCCCAUCUGCUCUUUGGUAAGCAGAGCUCUACUUUAAAUCACUUCACUAGAGGUUGAGGUUACAAGAUAGAACCUAUUCAUUCUGUGCCUCCAAGUCUGGUCUGGGUCAGAGGAACAGUUUUUACAGCCCUUUUCAAAAUAGUUUGCCCUUAUGUAUCCCAUAUCGCUCAUCUUUUAUACAAUUUUUUCCCCCUGUCAACCCAUCUUUCUUGUAGUCUCUUUUUUGUGUCUUCCUGUUUAACUCUGCAUUUGUCUUUGUUCUCCAACUUUCUGUCCUGCUAUUUCUCUCUUUCUUAUAUCUUAUCAAUCCAAAGUAGCACAUUUCUCAUUGCAUCUCCACUAGUAUGCAUGUGUUGCAGGUCACAUAUGAUAAAAAAAAUUUUUGUCGGUGUGUGGGAGCUUCUAGUGUGUGUGUGUGCGUGCGCGCGCGCGCACGCACACUCACACAGUCUUAAGCUGUGGUUUGGCUGGAAUGCUAUGUAUGUAUAUUUAGGGAAGGGCCCACAAGAAAAGGCUGUAGGGCAGAAUGAACAGAAGCACCUGUGAACCCCUAUAUAAUGACUGGGCAUCUCUCCCUCUUCAUUGUGUUUUAAAGUUGUGCUUUUUUAAAGGGAAUAGAUAUUUUGUUAUUAAAAUAUAAUUAUAUUGGGGGGCGUGUCCUGACCGCGCAUGUGAGCGGACGUGCAGGAACGGUGCUCUCCCGACCCGCGGCAAUAAAGCGGCUUCAACAGCGUGGAAAACCCCUAGAAACGAGCGAUAACCCUCUGCACACUCAGGUGAACACCCCUACCCCUGAUGGCGACCAAAAAAUUUAAACAAAAAACCCUCAAUCCCCACUUAGAACGGUCACAAACCGCGGAGCCGAAAAUCCAAGAUGGCGCCGACGGACGGCACUCGCCUGCACACAGCACUGACACAGGAGACUGCCUGUCAGAGCACAGCAAUCCUGCAACAGAUGCCUCAAUCAGGCUAAUUAUGCAGGAGCUCCACACCUCAUUUAAGGCUGACCUCCUUCAGAUGACCGCUGACAUCAAGGCAGACAUACAGAGCAUGGGAGAGCGCACCGCAUGCCUGGAAGACAGGGCAGACGAGCUGGUGGAGGCACAUAACACAAUAACAGAGGCCUACACAGACUUGGAGCGCAAACUUAAAUCCUUAGAAGAGAAGGUGGCCGAUCAAGAAGACAGGAGCAGACGGAAUAAUAUCCGUAUAAGGGGUAUACCAGAGGCCAUUUCACAACAAGACCUAUCCAGGUAUGUCAAAGACCUGUUUAAAACUCUGAUCCCCUCUUUGUCUGAAUUCGACUUGAUCCUGGACAGGACCCACAGACUACCGAAACCCAAGCAUCUCCCACCAGACACUGCAAGAGACACGAUCACGAGAGUACACCACUUCACUGUCAAGGACAGAAUUAUGCAGACUUCCAGAACCAUAACCAAAUGGCCAGAAUUGUAUAAAGAUAUCAAGCUGUUCACUGAUCUCUCCUCGGCGACCAUGCUCAAACGCCGAGCCUUCGCACCGAUCACAGAAGCACUGCGUAACGCAGAUAUCCCCUACAAGUGGGGCUUUCCUACGAAGCUACUAAUUAAAAGAAAUGGCGUGGACAAGCCUAUCCUGACUCCAGAAGACGGCAAAAAGGCGCUGCAGGAAUGGAAUAUACCCUUCCUACCUACUAGCCCCAGGAAGAAACAAAUACCGGCCCAUGCACCAAAGGCGUUGUCCAAAGACUGGUCACGAAUCCACAGGGCCCCCCAGGCACGCAUGGACUCGAACAAGUCACCGACCUGAACGAUCCGGGGCCAGAGCCGCAUCACGCCUCCCACUGAAUGAACUGAACAUGCAGGUUUAUACUGUUUUGUUAUAUGUUAUAAUGCAAGUUCACCUAAGAUACCCAUUAAGGGUUUAGCCAAAGGCCACAGGCCUAGCCGCAACGGGUGAGCAAUACCCGACGGCACCACAUUCGACCCAAGUUAUUGUUGAUCCCCUACACAUAGGGAUCCAGUUACCACAUCAGUGUGGUACACCCCCGAGGUUCUAGUAAUCCAACUUUUCCGUUGCUUUAGGCAACCAAAUGUCACCAAACCGUGACUUACGGAAUUUUGUAUAUAGUUUCUCCCCCUGUUCUCCCUUUCUCCUCCACACCACCCCCCCACUGAGAGUACUCCGCAAACUCAGCAUAACUAAUACACACGGUUGCAAACUACCUAGAUCUCCCAGGUAUACAAACCCCACAGGUUUCCUCCGAGACCGCCGAGUUAAAGUAACCAAUAGCUUGAUUAAGAAACACAAACCCCUGCCACAGCACCCACCACGCUGGAAAAAUGGUGAUUAAGCUCAUGUCCCUAAACACCAAAGGGCUUAACUCCCCUAAUAAACGGAGGCUAGCCUUGCAAGAGGCGAAAAAAUGUGGGGCACAAGUGGCAUUUUUCCAAGAGACCCAUUUUAAAUGGAACUCUAGACCCAAAUUUACCUCAAAAUGGUACCCUCACGAUUUCCAUACAUGUUACUCAGCGAAGAAAAGAGGAGUCUCCACAAUGAUCAGCAAAGAUGUGGCCUUCUCCUUAGUUAGGAAAAUAUGUGACAAAAAAGGUCGAUAUUUAAUUUUACAAUGUAUGUUGAACAAUGCACCGUAUACUCUGAUUAAUGUAUAUAGCCCUAAUGAAAACCAAAACGAGUUCUUGCAAAUGAUCUUAGCUCUAACUGAUAUGUAUAGACACGGGGAGGUGAUUAUUGGAGGCGACAUGAACUGCCUAUUAGAUAGCAGAUUAGACUCCUCCACCACAGCCCAAAUCGAGAAUUGCACACUCAGACACAGAACCACGUUAACCACAAAAAUAUGCUCCACACUGACUGCAGCUCGCAUGGUAGACCCAUGGCGCAUUCUACAUCCCACAGAUAUAGAUCACACAUGCUAUACAGCAGCCCACAACAGCUAUUCUCGGAUAGAUAGAUUCCUCAUACCCACCACGUUGAUGGCCCAAAUAGAAGGAGCAACAAUUGGGGUAAUGACGUGGUCAGACCAUGCUCCCAUUACACUUCACAUUAAAGAAGCGUUUAACAAUAAAGGAUCUGGCUCCUGGAGACUUAAUGAAUCUCUUUUAGCAGACCCAGCAAUAAUAUCCCAGAUCACGACAGAUCUACAACACUAUAUAGCAGAAAACACGACCGCUGACUCUACAAUCGAACACAUUUGGCUAGCAUAUAAGGCGGUCAUACGAGGCAGUUUUAUAAAACAUGCCAGCUAUGCUAAAAAGCAGAGAAUGACCGAAUACACCAAUCUCUUGGAAGAAAUCCGAACUCUAACACAUUCAAACAAAAGAGACCCAAAACCAACCACAAAAACAAAACUCCUAGCCCUCCACAACAAACUGAACAACAUUGAGCUAGCCAAAACAACUUACCUACUCAGGAAAUUGAAACACAAUUUCUUUACGAGUGGCAACAAAGCUGGUGCACUAUUGGCAUCACAACUGAAAAAGAGGAAUGUCGCCUCCAGAAUCGCCUUCCUAAACAACCCCAAGGGCAUAAAAGUAACGAACCCCCAAAAUAUUGUAGACCAAUUCGCUCAAUACUACGGCGAAUUAUACAACCUCAACCGGGACCCCAAGGUACACAUACCGACCCCAGACACCAUAGAUGACUUUCUAGCUGCCUUGGAUCUCCCCAAACUGACAGAAGACGACCUAGCACCCCUAACAAGACCCUUCUCUCUAGACGAACUCACGAAAGCCAUCUCUCAACUCCCAGCACACAAAUCACCGGGCCCUGAUGGCUUAACAAAUGAAUACUAUAAAACUUUCUCACCAACCAUAGCGCCACUGCUCCUCCAAUUAGUUAACAAAUGCGCUACAACAGGUGCGCUCCCAGAAGAAAUGCUCUUGGCACAUAUCUCCACUCUCCCCAAGCCAGGCAAACCCCCUACACAAUGCAAAAAUUUCCGGCCUAUAUCCCUCCUAAAUGGAGAUGCCAAGCUAUACGCGAAGCUCCUCAGCAACCGGCUCGCCCCCCUCCUGCAUAAAAUAAUCCACAAUGACCAAUCUGGGUUCAUCAGGGGCCGCCAAGGCUCAAACAACACCAGAAAAAUAUUAAACAUGAUCUCCACGCUGGAGUCCAACGGAUCAUCAGGCCUCCUCCUCGCCCUAGACGCGGAGAAGGCCUUUGAUCGUCUAAAUUGGGCCUAUAUGACAAAAGUACUAGCACAAUUUAACUUUCCAGAAUCUACCAUAAAUAGCAUCAUGGCUUUAUACCACCGCCCAGCAGCGAAAGUAUCGCAUGGAGGGUUCCUCUCUACGGCAUUCUCCAUCACCAAUGGCACACGCCAGGGAUGCCCCUUAUCGCCCCUACUGUACAUACUUGCUCUAGAACCCCUGGCACAAAAGAUCCGAACACACCCCGAGAUACUAGGAGUCAAUAUCCGCAACAAAAUGUACAGCCUAGCUUUGUUUGCCGACGACAUAUUUAUAGCAUUGUCGGAUCCACAAAAAUCUCUCCCCCCCCUGUUGAACCUCCUACAGGAAUUUGGCAAUAUUUCUUACUACCGCCUCAACCAAGACAAAACCCAAGCUCUACCAAUAAACCUGCCCAAACCCUUGUUAGACACACUCCAGACCUCAUACCAGUUCGACUGGAAAUCACACUCCCUCACAUACCUGGGAAUAAAGAUAGCGCCCACGAUUUCUGCCACUUCACAACUAAACUACAAACCUCUAAUUACACUAUGUAAAGCGGAAAUGAACAGAUGGAAACACGCAAAAAUCUCAUGGUUGGGAAGAAUUAACACGUACAAAAUGAUAAUCCUCCCACGUAUCCUUUAUAUCUUUAGGAUGAUACCAUUAAGGAUCACGCCCCAAUUUUGUAAGGCACUACAAAAAUUAUGUGGCGCUUAUAUUUGGAGCGGGAAAAGACCCCGGGUGUCCCUAGCACUCCUUCAGACUGCCCCACGACAGGGAGGAGUGGGUCUCCCAAACCUGAGACAAUACCAUAGAGCAGCGAUCCUCUCCACAGGCAUACUCCUUCACGCCACACCAGGCACAUUACAAUGGGUAGACAUGGAAAGAACACAAUUUACAAGCAUGUCUCUAACCGACUACCUAUGGACACCAAGGAAGUUUAGAAUUAAGCGCACAGACCUGUUCCCAACCACACAACUUACAAUAUCCGUAUGGGACACCUUUAUGGAGACAAUAGGUCACAAGGAUACACUACACACAAAAUCUCCACUCUCGGUCCUGAGAACAAUAGUACCUAACAUUCCCCUCAAAGACUGGAAUGCGGCGGGAGUGGCAACAAUAUCACAGCUCUUGGACGCCAAAGGCGUACUACCAUUCCCAAUACUACAAACGAAAUGGCAACUCCCAAACAGGGCUAUCUUUUCCUAUCUACAACUAAAAAGCGUGAUUCAAACACACACACCCCCAAUAUAUCCAACACCAACUGCGACUAGACUCACUUCCCACUUACUCCUAGACAGAUGUUGGGUGGCACCCACAAAACCCAAAGCACUCACGCUAUGUUACAAGGCAUGGCAGGAACUCUCAACACCCACAUCACACCCCUACAAACUCCACUGGGAGACAGACUGCGGGACAGCACUGACAGACUACGACUGGCUACGCGCCCUCAACGGUCUCUCUAAAUGGACCAAGUGCUACACACACAUCGAGGCCCACAAAAAACUCCUCUACCGUUGGUAUAUGACACCACAGAGACUCCACCGUAUAUACCCCAAUACGCCCAACACUUGCUGGCGGUGCAACGCAACUGUAGGGACCUUGGAACAUUUAUGGUGGUCUUGCGGUAGUAUCCAACCACUUUGGACCGCCGUAUCACAGACACUAGACCAACUUCACAUCCCUAAAUUCCAACUGUCAAAAACAUCAUGCCUCCUGCUCCUACUCCCAACUAACCUCACCCUAAUACAAAAACAGAUUGCAGCCCUUACAAUACUGGCGGCAAGAAACUUGCUAGCACUACAUUGGAAAUCACAGACCUGCCCAUCCUUAGCCCAACUUCAAACCAAACUCACCCAAUACAAAAUCUACGAAAGAAUGGCAAUAAUAUCCCCCCCCAAAAAACUGGCAUUCGAUAUGGGUUGGGGGAAUUGGGAGGGGGCGGUGGACAAGGAGGGAGGUAUACCCGGGCCAGACCCUGUUCUCCAAUGAGGGCAAGACUCAUACAGGACAUGAACAAUGCUUAUACCACAUUCUAUCAGUACUCUCCAUCACUCCCCUGCUCCCCUUCUUCCCCCCCGCCCCCUCCUCCGGGCCCUACUGGCCUUUCCCCCCCCGUCCCCUACCAAGUUUGCACCCUACCACUAGGGCUACCUACUGAUACACCAACAUACUCAUCAAAAUGAGGCAUAACUCCGGUACUUCCUAACCCGCACACCUGGGACUAACUAGUGCACGAACCAUCAUAGGCUAUACAGCCUACGAUCAUAACUACGUCGACUGAGCAGACUAUUCAUGCACACAACCAUGGUUACGAGAGGAUUCCCUGGUAUAGCUCUCACCCUGAACCAACCGCAUGGACACUUAGGCGAUAGCAUAUACCACCCAACGAAUUAACAGCCUACGCAUAUACUUAAGUUACUAUGACAAAAUACAUGCAUGUACCAACCCCCCCAUGUACUCACUCAGGUUCCGCAAAUUUCUGUGAACGUGAUGUUUAUGUCAAAUACUGUAACUCUGUAUCCCCCCGCUAACAUACCCUUUUUUCCUUCUGUACCCCUGACCACAUAUUGAAGAUAUAAUAAAAUACAAAUUUGAAAAAAAAUAUAUAAUUAUAUUAUUAUCUUAGGAUAGUGAUUAAAGCUGACCACAUUGAUUUAUUUAUUUAUUUUUAACUCCCUUGCAGUAAUGAGAACUGUUUUCAGGAACCGUCUCCUACAUUAUUCUUGUCAAUCUCUCACUGCCACACCCAACUCUGGCUCUGCCUAAAUUACACCCUCCUCUGCCCCUUCCCUCCUCCACCCUCCCCCCCUACCAAUUUAUUUUCAUUUAGUGACAGGCAUACGUAUUUACUAAGGCCUGCAAGUUUUUUUUUUAAUUUGCGAAUAAUUACUUACAUGUUAAAUCACAUAAAAAAUAACAUUUGCUGUUUAAGUAAUUAUUCUUCUGUAUGGUAGCAUAACAUGUGCUUUUAUAGUUUGGACAUGAGCCAGAGUAAUAUACUCCAUAAAAUCAAAUUAAAAAGAACAUGAAAUUAAAAUAUAAUUCACUUUAUGCUGAAGGUCAGAGGGUCCGAUAUUUAAAUGUCCUGUCUUGCAUUGCUAUGUGUUGUGUGUUUUAUGGUUCCCAUGUGGUCAGUGUUCCUGACCUGAAUUGUUAACUUGUCCAUUAAGUAGUUAUCUUUUAUGUAAGUGAUAACUUGUCGUAUAAGCAGUGUCUUGGUUUUAGACCGGAUUGUCAUUUCCCUACGUGCUGCUAGGUUUAUUAUGUUAAGAAGUUUUUGUUGUUUUGUAGUCAUUCCUUCUUUGUGUCUGGAAAGCAGACAUGCUCAGUGAUUCAGGUUUACAUAUCCAUUAAAAAUUGCUUUUUCUAGGGUAACUACUUCCCUCUAAUACUAUGACCGCAGGACCACAACAUAUUGAGGAAGGUUCCCCUCUCCCCACAGAAGUGCCAACAAGUAUCCAUGGCCAUUAUGUUCGUGUGGCUGAGCUUUUAGGGGCUUCAAGGGACACUAUAAUCACCAAAUCAACUUUAGCUUAAUGAAACUGUUUUUGUGCAAAGAUCAUGCCUCUAAAGUUUCACUGCUCAAUUCUUAUCUCUCUUAUCUGCUCAGUUCUGGGUGUCAGUCCGUUUAAGUGAGGCGGCCGGCUGAGGGAGAAUGAAGGCAGCUGUAAUCAUCCUGCAAUUCUUACUGUGCUCCUUCACACACUGUUUAAUAAUGCUGGAAACUGGAAAAUAAUUUUAUUCAGGCCCUGGCAUCACUAUAUAGCGAGGGAGCAGAGGAAGAAGAGUUUCAAGAUUCCGGCCCCCUUCUGAUCGCAUGGGAAAGGUGUUUUCACUAUCCUUUUUUUCUUGUGCCGGUCUCACUGUGGCUGGCUCCACCUCCAUGGUUGAGAUAAUCAAUCUUGAUGAUCUCAGCUAAGCCAAUGCUUUUCCAUAGGAAAGCAUUGGGAGGCUAUUGCACAUGUGCAGUAAAAUGCCAUUCUCCACAAAUCAGCAUUUCCUUAUAGAGAUUAAUUUAAUUAAUUAAUUAAUAUCUAUGGGGAACAUUCAGCCCCUCCAUGCAAAGCGUGGAGAUGCUGAACGUAGGUGAUGCACACUGUGCAGCCCUGGACUAGGAAUCCUCUCUAGUAGCUGUCUGACUGUUAAUAGAGGUGUUACUGGGCAGCAUUGUUACUGGGCAGGAUAUAGAUGCCAAAACCACUACAUUAAGCUGUAGUGGUUCUGAUGACUAUAGUGUCUAUUUUAAGAAAUUAUAUUUUUUCAUUGAAAAUCGAACUUUGUUAGUUUAAAAAAAAAAAAAAAAAAAGAACUGGAUCCUAGAUUCCAAGCAAAUUUGUCAAGCCCUGUGGAAACAUGCACCUGUUAUCUGCAUGGUCAUUUAUACCACCAACGUCCCCCCACCCCUUUGGGUACCAUGGAGAAUAUUGGCAUGGAAUGACGUGUAUGGUUAAUUGGGGUUUGGUCUCUGUCACACAUUUUGGGGAACCCCUGUCCCAGUCGUCCAAUAUCACUUUUCAGAAUCAUUUUGUGAAUUCUGUUAUUGUCUGUCGUAGGUGGGCAGGAGCACCAAGCUCUAUAUGGGACAUAUUAUAUGUAGGGCAGUCUGACUGGUAAGUUUGUGGAAAGCGGUCGAAUCAACAUGGUUAAAUGUUUUGUAGUUAUGUGCUUUUGAGAACUUGGAGUUAUGUUAAUUAGUGGGGGGGUAGUCAUUCGCUAAGUUGGAGACACUUAGUAAAUUCACAUUGCGGCCUGCAGCUCUAAGUGUGAGCUGGUGCCCAGGGCUUGGUGAAAAUAUGUCUGUUAUCACCAGGCGUGUCAAGAAUAUGAUAAUGAUAGGCCCACCAUAUUUAGAAGGCCACCCCUCCAUGUGUCUGCCCUUUUUGUAAUAUGGUUAAAAACAUAAAAGGCCUCAGGUAAAUAGAUACAUGCUAAUGUAAAUGAAAAAAUGCAGGAUAGCAUUUGGGUAUUUCACUGCCACAUUUUGAUUAGCUCAGCGAUCCCAAGUGAUUAGUGUGAAGUGCAGGACAGUUCGUUGGCCCACUAGUCCUCCCCACUGUCAUCUCCGGUACCAAAAGAUUGGUCCUCCAGGCCUGUGGGAUGAGAGGUGCAAUCCUAGUGGGCAAUUGGUAUAAAGCUCUGUGAGGAACAGAAAAACUUUUCUGGAGUACCCAUACAAACUUGUAUGGGUCUUGUAGGCAUGUAGAAUCGUUCAUGUGGUCUUUUAUGGUGCCCCUGGAGUGAUCAGCACUGUGCCAGUAAUAACUUCUUUGGGUUGUGUAUAUAAGUCAGUCUCCAACUUCAUGCCACUCAUGAGGUAUAUUGGUGCUCUCAUUGGUUGUGACCCGAGGCUCUCCUGAAAAGUGGUAGGGUUGGACCUCGGGAGGAGAGUGUGUUUCUUUCCUUCUUUGAAGGCCACAAUUUUGAAGGGGUGACUCCAUGUGUAUGCCAUGAGCCCCAAGUUGGCCUGCGACCGGCUUCCAUUCCCUGCUGUGUUGCAAAGUCGUGGGUAAUGGGUAUUGAAAGAGGAGAAUUCCUUGGUAUCUGAGGUUUGCUUUUCUGCUGUUUUUCAUUACAGCCUCCUUUUUGUGGUGGUGGUAUUAUUAUUUAUAUAAUUCCAACUUUUCCUGCAGCACUUUACAAUAAAUGAGACAGCUACAAAGUGUUACGGUUGAUGAGGUCCCUGCUCAAACAAGCUUACAAUCUAGAAGGGAAGGGCACUGAAGGAUAUAGGCAACAAGGUGGUGAAGUAGAAGCACUGGAAGAUGACAGUUAAGUGUGGUCCUUUUAAAGGAACACUCUGCUGGCCAAAUUGGCAAAAAUAAUAAAAAAGAAUAAUUGUUUAGUAGAUAUACCACAAUGAAUGCAUGUAUUCAUUGGAAAUAUAUCUUAAAAGAGCUUGUAAAGGCUCUUGGGGUGCAUGCCUGGCACCAUAACCACUACCACAAGAUUGGUUGUGGCACCUGUGUUUAUCUAGGUUGAUCACCUUAUACAGCGCUUCAGAGUUGCUGGCGCUAUAUAAAUAAUAAAAUAAUAAUAAUGUGGUGUGGGUAUUUAGCUGCCAGACCUCCAUGCAUACAUUUAUAUUAAUUGAUGCAAACCAUUUUCUUUCUCUUGUUUUAGUACAAGCAGUGGUGUACAGCAAUGGACCAAGGGAAAAUCCCAUCUGAAAUCAAAGCCUUGCUCAGUGGGGAGGAGCUCAACAAAUCUGCUCCGAAUUCUGGAAAACCGCACAGACCUGGCAAAACGGAUGUGGCAGAAAAGUGUCCCUGUGAGUGUCGCGCAAUAUGUAUAUAGUUUACUGGUGCAGUCACUUUAUUUCUAUCUUUAUGAAAUACUAACUUGCAGGGAAGUGACUGUGCUGCUUUAAAUUUGAAACUCGCUUUGCAUUCCUGACUAGUCUAACUUUAGUAAAUUACUCUGUAUAUGAGUAUUUUUAGUUAUUGUUUAUUUAUAACUUUAUAGGACUGUUUGAUAUUUUUAUAUGAGUUCACUAAUUUUAAAGAUAUUCUGUGUUUUUAUUCUACAGGAAUCCUCUCUCAGCACUUUCAAUUUUGAUGGCCAGUGUCAAAAAUAGAAAAGAACAGGCUCUCAUUGGAUGGAUUCUGUACGGAGGUCAGCUUAGCCUUUGUUCCAACACUCACAGGGCUGAGCCUUGAUGGCUGAUUAAGUCAAGUUCUAGUGAAGUCCUGCUUGAAAACUGGAGUUUUGGGGACAGCUCAUUAUUACCCUGAUUUCCAGGGGGAAAAAGUUAUUUUGGUGAAACUGCAACUGAAACACUAUUUUGUACAAUUCAAUCUGCCCUGCUCUGCUUUGAUAUAAAAUAACCCUUUGAGUGCCUGAGAUACAGAGUGCAAAUGCUAGCAUUUACUUUAUCAACAUGUUUUUCUCCUUAUUUCCCUUCUCAUUUUAAUCUUACAAAUGGUCUCUAUUAAGAAUGUGGAUUCUCACGAAUUAAAGGGAAUAACAUGUACAUCUUUUGUUAAUGGCUUUCACAAUGUACCAGAAUGUGAAGGGUUUGCCUCUGUAUUAUUAUUAUUUUUUUUUUAAAUUCAGAAUUUACCAGAAAGCUGAUUCCUUUGCUGCACUCUACAGUAAUCAAUGCUAAAGUAUUUUAUUUUGGAUGCUUUAGUUAUAUAUUUUAUGUUCUUCAAGGUUUCUUCUGCAGUUAUGCCUACCCAGAUCCAUCUGGCCUAUCCAGAUGUUUGCUGCUGGCAAUCUGCGCUUAGUGUCAGGUUUUCAUAACGCUAAAUGUAUUGUCCUACUAAAUAGCUUUACACAUUAUUCACUAGGUGGAUAUCUCUUGUAGGAACAGCAAUGCAGAGUACGACAUUAUAUUCUUGUAGCACAUCCAAAAGGUUUACCUUAACUACCAGUGCUAUUCUCAAAUAAUUAUGUCUAUUUUUUGUAAUUGUUUUGCUGACACAGUGACUUUAAAUUAUCUUGUUGCUUGUUUAAAAUUGACUUUCAUUUACUGCCUAGCACUUUAGAAUUUUAAAGGGAUGUUUUCUUGAAGAUAAGCUUUAUUUUAUUAAACCUAACUUGAAAAACCUAUUCGUGUUGAUUUUGUAAUUUCUUUUUUGUGUAGUUAUUUUAUCUUUCCUUUGAGAGUCCGCUCUGAAGGUUUCAAGAAUUCACAUUUUUGUUCCAUACAGUAUUCUCUAUGUAGUGCGAUGUGAGUACUGACCAGACC